CUUAAAACGACCUAAGUAUCCUAGAGAAUGCGGACCAUUUUUGUUCAACCAUUCUCGGAUGGUUCAUAUUACCCUCUUCUGGCCGCAACGUUAACGCAGAACUGCCUUGACAAUGCUAUUCUCGCUGCCCUGGACCCAUAGGCUGCUACUAUCGUUGCUACUGGCUAGUGUCCAUGUCGCUGGGCAGGAGCAAGCGUUGUUUUCGCUACAGCAGCCGACGAUUUAUGCUGCCGUGAACAGUUCAACCAUCAAUUGCGAAAGGGCCUAGUGUGUUUUAAUACAACAAGCUCUCGGUCAACAAAAUGUAUACUAUGGAGCACUACCUGACGAGUUCAGCAGGGGCUACUAUAGUAUGCAACAGCAAGAACUUCGCCCUAUUUGCGUAGCAGCUCUCGAAACGGCACAACAAAUAGCCCGGGCAAUUACCAUUGUCAAAGACGAGGAAUGUCCAUUUGCCGUGAAAAGCGGCGGCCAUACACCCUAUGCUGGUGCUUCGAAUGUUCAAGAUGGGCUCGUAUUUGAUUUACGAAACCUUAAUACUGUCGAACUUUCUGAAGACAAACUUACCGUAUCCGUCGGAUCUGGAAAUAGAUGGAUUGAUGUCUAUUCGAUACUCGAAAGGCACGGAUUGGCCGUUGCUGGCGGUCGCGUAGCAUCGGUUGGGAUUAGCGGAUUUCUACUUGGAGGAGGACUCUCCUUGCAUAAUAGAAAGUACGGCUGGGCCGUGAACAACGUCCGAAAUUUUGAAGUCGUUUUGUCAGAUGGCAUUAUUGCGAAUGUUAAUGCUGAUAGCCAUCCUGAUCUGUUCUGGGCACUUCGAGGAGGCGGCGGGAACUUUGGCAUUGUGACUCGCUUCGACUUGGAAACAUUUCCGCAGGGCCUGAUUUGGGCGGGCACAGAGGUUGUUGCGAUUUCCGACCUUGCCUCACGCCGUGCGGCAUUGAAUCUACAUGAGCCAUUUCAAUGGACCCUGCGGUCAGCGACUAACAUAAUGGGAAAAAUUUUUCAUCAAGGGUUAUGCCUUAUUGGAAAAUGCGUUCACUCCAAUGAUUUCAUCAACUACUUUGUCGGAAUGUCUCAACAGACAGAUACAAAUGCCCACAUAUUGACUUUCUUCUGCUGGAUGCCAGAGGUACGAAUGAUCGGCCUUGGGGGCAGUUUUGCAUAUCUCGAGCCAGUCGAGAAGCCGCAGGCAUUGGAAAAUAUGACAGCACUGAAAACAUUUUACUCUACAGUAAAGCUAAGGACUAUGUCGGAUUUUACCAAAGAGAUGGAUAGCUACACCCCACCGAUCUACCGAGCCCAUUGGGACACGACAACAUUCAAAGUAAACGCAGACCUGAUUUCAAAAUUAUUUGACAUUUUCUUGGAAGAGACUCAUGAGAUUAAGAACAUACCCAACUGUCAGCCAAGCACUAACAAUCAGCUGAUCACCAAAGAUGACAUCCUGUUAUCCGACAACAAAGGAGGAAAUCCGAUGGGUAUUAAAGCAGAAGAUGGACCAUUAUUCUUAUUCAGCAUCACGAUAACAUACACGGAUCCGGCGGACGACGUUAAGAUUAAAACUGUCGCACAGAAAGUCAUGUCUCGUGCAAAAGCACUGGGGAAAGAGAUGGGCUUGCACCUCCCGUUCCAAUACAAAAACUACGCUGAUGGAGACACGGAUGUCUAUGCUGGAUAUGGGACAGAAAACAGACAAAAGCUAAAAGAUAUUCAGAAGAAGUAUGACGCUGCGGGUGUCUUUUCCCGUUUGCAGUCGGGAAGUCAUAAAGUAUGAUUUUAUACCACACAGUUUAAUGGUGUUUGCUGGUGUUAAGAGCACAAAUACUGUUCAAAUGUUGCUUAACUACAACUAUUAUUGAC